AACUUUUUCUCGAAGAGGUCGUUCCGAUCGAAUCCGUUGAAGAGAACCAAGAGUGUCACCAAAUUGGAGCGGAAACGAGCCGUGGAUAACGACGGGUCCACCUGUGGAGGGGGCACCGACCCCCGUCUACCGACUCCACGCAUGCGCACAUCCCGUUCGCACGAGUCGCUGCUGUCGUCUGCGGCGGCACAGAGCGUCAUGCAGACCUUGGCGCUGGGGGGGCCCAACGGGGGCGGCCCCGGUGGCCAGGGGGGCCAGGGCGUCGACAUCAAGCCCUUACAUCCGUCAGUGUUGGGGCGUGAUCACUGCUUCCAGGUGACGCUACCUGCCGGCAAUGCCAGGUACUUCUCAUGUCGCACCGCUGAGGAGAGGGAUAAAUGGGUGUACAGCCUGAGGAAGACAGUUCAGCCCGACCAAGAGCACACAAGGAGAACCGACAAUUCGUUGAAGAUCUGGAUUUUGGAAGCCAAAGGAGUUCCUAACAAGAAAAGGUAUUUCUGUGAACUAUGCCUGGACAAGACGCUGUACGCGCGAACGUCGGUGAAGCAGAAGGGCGAACUGUGCUUUUGGGGCGAACAUUUCGACUUCCUCAACCUGCCUCUGGUCAACAUGAUCAGCAUCAAUCUCUACCGCGAGGCCGACCGCAAGAAGAAGCGCGACAAGAAUGUUCUUGUUGGAAGCGUGAGCAUUCCGGUGCAUGACGUGACAUCCAGGUACCUCACAGAGAAGUGGUACCCCGUUGUGAGUGAGAAGGGGGCGCUCAAGGACCCCCCUGCACUCCGCAUCAAGUGUCGCUUCCAGAAGGUCGACAUCCUCCCUGUCAGGGUUUACCAGGAAUUUCUACAGUACCUGAAAAGUGACUACAAGUCAAUCUGCGAAGUGCUGGAGCCGGUGAUCGGCGUGAAGGCCAAAGAGGAUAUUGCCACGGCCCUCGUUCACGUGAUGCAGCGUGAGGGCCUCGCCAAGGAGUUCCUCACCGACAUUGUCAUGAUGGACAUUGAACGAAUCGAAGACGAACGCCUAACCUUCAGAGGCAACUCGCUGGCGACCAAAGCAAUGGAGGCCUACCUGAAGCUGACCGGAGAACAGUAUCUGAACACCACCCUCAAGGACCUCGUCACUGGAGGUGGGGUGCUGGCGGGGGGCAGGGGAGACUGCGAGGUGGACCCUCUCAAGGCGGGAGGGGGAGCCGCGUUGGCCAGGAACCAAGCCAAUUUGAGGAAUGCGGUCGAGACCACCUGGGCUAAGAUAAUGGCGUCGCAUGCGCAGUUCCCUGUAGAACUUCGCCAGUGCUUCCAAAUGCUGAGAGAGCGAUUGACAGCCUCUUGUCGAAUGGACAUCUGUGAUAACCUCAUCUCAGCCUGCAUCUUUCUCAGAUUCCUCUGCCCAGCUAUUCUCUCUCCCAGUCUAUUCAAUAUCACAUCUGAAUACCCGAACGAGAAAGCAGCUCGCAACCUGACUCUGGUGGCGAAAACUCUGCAGACGCUGGCAAACUUCACUCGCUUCCAGGGCAAAGAGAACUUCAUGGAGUUCAUGAACGACUUCCUUGAACGAGAGGCACCUGCCAUGAAGAACUUCUUGCACAUGAUUUCUAGCGGCGUAUCCAAAGAAACCUCGUCGCAGUGCCCAAGCUCAAGCAAUGACCUUGACCGCUACAUUGACCUUGGCAAACAGCUGUCCAUCUUGCACGCGUUGCUGUCAGAGUGCGUGGCCAAGGUGACAGCUGAGCGGGCGAGUGAAGUGAGUCAGCUGCACUGCAUUCUGGAGAGAGUGCAAGGUGCGCUAGCCGACCCUGUCACUUCGGCCCUUAUCAACGGGCAGGCCUGUCAGUCGUUGCAACGCAAUAUAUUCAGAUUCAACGACCCAACUGUCUGCGUGAACGGCAACACGGGAGCCGGAACGGUUAUCUACCAACAACAAAACAUCAACAACUCAACAUCAAGCAACAUCAAUGUUGUCAACAACAACAGUAACAACACCAACAACAUGCAACAACCGCCGUUGCAACUGCUGAACGGCGGGGGACGGUCACCGGUCGUUACUCGCGCCUCUACACUGCCACGCAACGCGUAUCUUGCGGGAGGCAACGCGUAUCUUGCGGGAGGAAACGCGUAUCUUGCUGGAAGCAACGCGUAUCUCGCGGGAAGCAACGGAACUCAGCAGCAUCAUCAUCACCAUCAUCAUCAUCAUAAUGGGAUGGACGAGGGGUUGACUUCGUUCAAUAGUCCGGCUAGGCAUAAUAUGGCUAGAGGCCAGUUGAACGGCCACCACCAUCCGAACCACUUCGGAGCCGAUGACCUCUCUGACCUUGACGGCUGCUGUGACCUUCACGGGGUGGAGGGAGUCGUGGGUGCAGGGGGCCCAGGGGUGCCAGGAGCCGGGGGGCACAAGGGCAGUCAAGUGUCCAUAUCCACCCUCUCCAAUGUGGCCUCGUCCGGCUACCAGAGCUUUGCUGCCUACAGUCAGAGCAGUAGUCCUGUCGACUUGACUAAUAAUAACUCUCAAGGACCAACGACAGCGCCACCCCUAGCCUUCACCAACCCAGUCUACCAGCACCACCACCACAACGGUCGCACCGCUCGCACGCGCACCCGCCAACACUCAUGCUCCUCCUCCUCCGAGGAAGCCCCGCCCCCUUCGCUGGCCACGCCCACUCUGGGAACGGAGCCUCGAAUGGUAGGAGCGGAAUCUCGAGCGAUGGGGACGGGAGGCGGAGUCAGCCGAGCGCCGCGCACCAAUCCACAGUGCCAGCCGAACGGUGGUGGAGGGAGUAACUCGAAGCUGGUGACGUCAUCACGACGCGGCACUCCUGGCGGCGGAAAUGGGAACUAUGUGACGUCAUCUAGGCUGGCCGCUGGACUGCAAGCGUCACGGCGUAUGUCGCUGGAAUCGACAAGGGAUUUGAGUGAUGAUUCGACCGAUGAUGAGUGUCUGAGUCGGGUGUCCAAGAUUAGGACGCAUCGUAGUGUUACUGAUCAGUAUGAACGUGAGAUCGAGCGCCUGCAAAAAAGCGUUGAACUGUUGAAACUGAAACUGGAGCACGCGGAGAAUGGAGGAGGAUGCAGUUCCCCCUCCCCCCCGCUGCCGCAUCAUGAGCCCCUACAAGUCGACGAAAGCCAUGACAAUAUGAAGAAUAUCAUUGCUAGGCUGAUAUCUGUUGAAGAGGAACUACGCAUGGAACAGCGGAAAAUGUCUGACAAGCUGACCCACAAACAGCGCGUGAUUGAGGCCCAGGAACACCAGAUCGCCGCACUCGAUGCUGCCAACAAUCGACUUUUGGCCGCUCUCAAUCAACUGAAAGAUCGAUUCCAAGAUCAGAACUCGAACGCCAGACUUCUGUCUGAACUCAGUGAACUGAAAAGUUCAUCCUGCUGAACUUGGUGACAAAAUUCUCUCACUUAAAUCCCCCAAAAACGCAGUCAAAGUCGUCAAAUGUUUGAGUUGUCGACUAUCGAUAUAUCGACAAUCUCGAUACUAUCGGAAAUUGUCGAUAUCGAUAUAUCGAAAUUAGCCUAUAUCGAUUUAUUGAAAUUAGUCGAUAUCUAUAUAUCGAACCAGUAAACUAUCGAUAUAUUUUGAGACAACCUCUUCUAGCGUUUUUGUGUGAAUUACUGUCGUUAAUCGAUUUUCAAUGUACCAAAGACAUAGCAAUAUAGAUUUAUGUGUAUCACUUAUAUCUAGCUUUAGUGUAGCUGUAGUAUUACCUUCUACUUAGUUAACCUAACCUAACCUAACCAAGCGAUUACAUAGUUUUGUAGUGCUAUGUAUAUGUUCUGUUUAAUGUAAUGGUUGAUGGCAAUGACAUAAGAAAGGAUUUGAUGUACAUUAUUCUUAUAGAUAUAUCUUGGCAAUAUGAAUAGAAUUAUUGUAGGAUGACUAUAGCAAAGGCUUCACCAAAGUUAGGUAAAAACUUUUCAAAAAUAAUACAAUUUCCCAAAUAGACUUUCAAUACCGAAAUAAUUGUAGGCCUAGUAGGUUUCAAGUCCUAUAAGUUCAGUGAUGCAAUUUUCCUCUUUUAAUGCUUGAAAAACUCUUUUCCAAUUGAAGUUUAACCCAUUCAGGCAUAAAAUAAUAAUAGUUAAUGCUGUGAAAUUACUGUAAUAGAUUUCAAGCUAUAUAACCCUAAUUGUAAAAUUACUGCUAUUCAGCUCCAUGGAAGUAGACUUUUAAACUCUUAUUUUGCACUAACGUAUUAUAUUGGAUUCUAUUCUCUAAUGUAAAUCAAGUAGGACAUUAAAUAAACAAAAUUUGAAGAACAUUUCAAGUCAAUCCUUCAAAUAAACAAACAAUCUAAAUUAUCUAGACAAUUAGAAAGUAUUUUCCAUCUGAAUAUUAAAAUAAAGCCUCGAAAAAAUUAUAAUCUUGUUUUAUAAUGGAAAUCUCCCAAUUUCUAUAAAUCUCUAUAAUUCUAAUAAAAUAUUGUAACUUUUUGAAAUCCGACGAAUCUGCUUAAUAUGAACCAAACAUUUCUAGUGAGAAAUCAUUACCUAACAUUUGUAUCACACUUUUGGACAUUUUUCUUCUAGGAUUUUCUCGAAAGGUACUAUUGUAAAUGACUAUAAAAUUUGAUGACUAAAUAUUUUUCUAUAUUAUAUUGUGAACCUAAAAUCGACCUUUGUGGAAUGCAUGCAUGCCGCUUAAAUUUUGUGUGAAGGUGUACGGUAUUGUGAAAAAAUCUAUUCUAAAAACCUAUUAGACGUAGGAAAAUCGUGUUAUUUUUUCUCAGAAAUUUAUGUUUGAAUCCACUGAAAAUCAUAUCUUGAAAUGAUCUGAGUCUCAAAUAAGCAAUAACAAUAAUUAUUAUCAAUCAUACUAACUCUAUUUUUAUAUUUGUAGAGACUAGAACAUUUUAUUUCAAUCUUCAUCAUGUGAUCAAAUAAUUUUAUUAAUUAUUCUAUUUUAAUUUUCAUCCCGCUAUCAUAAUGCACAGUAGAUGCUACUUGUAGAUAUUAAAGUAGCAAUAUAUUUUAUUCUUCAAUUUUUUAUGUUUUGUUAUAAAUAUGUUGUGUAGAUUCUGUUCUGAAUUCGUAUCUGUAUAUAUAAUUUUUGUGGUACAAAACUUUAUGUUGAAGAUCAUUAAAACUAACUCAUCCUUCUCUUGUAGAAGUAAAGAAUACUGUUAAUAUAUUUAUUAACUUAACAAAAAUUAGAAGCUUAUCACUUUAAAAUUGUGUAUUAUAUUUGAAUCUUCAUACAGUUUACCAUUAAUAGGUAGUUUUUAUGAAAUCAGUAUUUGAGAUUCGGCUUACUAUAGACUGUAAACAUCUCUUUUAAUAAUUAGUCUUAGUUCGAUUUGUUUCAACAUUAUGUGUAAAUAUUAAUUAUUUCUUGUGUUUAUAUUAUGUGUACGUUUUAUUUUGUAAUAAUAUUGUGUAAUUGAUGGUAUUUUCUAUGUUGUGUAUAUUGUCCCAAAUAGCUAUUGAUUGGAUAUCUUGUUUUUAAUGGUUAGACCAAAGAUUGGCAUAAUGAUUUGAUAAUGUGUUUAACUUUGCUGUAUAUCUUGAACAGGUGAAGCAGAUUCUAGAAGGAAUUGAAUUGAAUGAAAAAUGUAAAGAUGAUUAAUGUCUUGUUGGUGAUGUUGACUGUCUUGUAAAAAGUCGAAAUGAAUUCGAAAAUGAUGAAUUUCAAAAGUCAAAACCCCAUAUUGAACAGAAUUGAAUUGAAUAACAAAGUAAAGAUGAUUGAUAAAAAGUCGAAAUGAAUUCGAAAAUGAUAAAUUUCAAAAGUCAAAAACCCAUAUUGAACUUUCAAAUAAUAAUCAUAAUUUUAAUUUAAUUGUUAAAACUUCAAAUAAUCUACCUGUUUAAAUAUAAGUAUUUUAAGCAUUCUAGUAUUUGAUUAGAAUAGUUCCAUCUCAAAUUGAGUUUAAGACAUCAAGUUUCUCUCUAAAAUAGUCUCUCAUAAGACUGUAAAGAUUUAAACCAUAGUUUGUUUCUAAGGUGUAUAAUUUUUUGUCUCUUUCUGUGUUGUUGAGAAGUUGAUAUUGUGGUAAUUAUUCAUAUUAAAUGAAAAAUACUAAGAAAUUGUCAAAAAACCACAAAAAGUGUUUUUUGACAAUUUCUUAGUCUUUUCCAUUUAAUAUGUAUAAUUUAUCACUUACUGGUUGUCAAAUAAUCACGAAUUUAAUGUAAAUCAACUAAUUGAGUCAAUUUAUACAACAUAUGAACUUAAAUUUCUCCCAUGGAAUUAUAAAUUAACCUUGAAUAGGUAAACUAAAAAACCUCUAGAAUCUGCUAGACUGUUCAAGAUCUUCUCUCACCACCCUCUGUAGCAGAAUCACUCUUAAUUUCCAAUAAUUAUAUAAUAAAAUGAAUAAAUAAUUGUAGAAAUCUCCCAUCAGUAUUUAAGUAGGUUCUUGAAACUGCAUGAUGCUACAGUAGUUGCUUAUAAUUGUCGAGUAUUCUCUUGUGUAACUCUGAAGAGAUAAAUUCACUCACUUCUUUAGAAGGUAGUUUAUGUGUUCUUUUAUAUAGAAUUGUGUAUUAUUUUAGAAGGUCAAUAUUAUUGAUUGUUAAGUGAUUUAAGCUGAGCUUGCGAUUUGAGAGCGACGCCAACCCCAAAGCACCUGGUGAAACUAUUAGUUUACAAUGUCAUUUUUAUGUUGAUAAUAAUUAUUUGAAAUUAAUAAACUGUUAUAGUGCAA